AUGGAUUUUCUAAUAAAUUUGAUCCUAUUUAUAAAUAACUAUUUUUUUAAUAUUUAAAAAAAUAAUUUUUGCAAAAAGCUAGUUUCUAUAGUAUUAUACUAUAUAUCAUAUUUUAUAACUUUAAUACUAACAUUUAUAUGUACAUAUUCAGAUCCAACUGAUCCUAUAAUAAGAAUAUAAUAGAAUUUAUUUUUUACAAAGUAAAGAUAUAUAUAUAUAUACUCACAAAAUUAUAACUUUUUAUAUAUAUUAAAUUAUUAAAAUAAAGCUAAAUAUUUGAUAAUUCUUCUUAUAAAUACUUUUGCGAUAUUUGUUAAUAUAAUGUCUAAAAAUCAUCAAAACAUUGCAAAAAUUGUAAUAGAUGCGUAAGUGGAUUUGAUCAUCACUGUAAAUGGUUAAAUAAUUGUAUAGGUAAAACUAAUUACAAUUUUUUCUUUUUCUUGA